AAUAGACUAUGCUAGUCCAGGUGAUAUAGAUGGAGACGUCCCGAGGCAAAGCGGGAUGGUCAGACUCGCCGUUCCUGCCAAGGCCCAAUUAAGUUUCGCAGCAGAAACGCGUCCUUGCGCCUCGCGUCACGUCUUGUCGCGUCUCAUCUCGCGUAAAGUGGCUAGAUCCAUUCUUUUUUCGCUCACAUUUUCCAACCUGCAAUUGCAGUGGUGUUGUGAAGUCGUUGUGUAGGCAACCACUAGCAAACACCCCUCCAACCCCACCUUUCGCAACUGCCCCUUUUACUGGCCAGGCCAUCUCUCCAGCACCUCUCUUUCCUGCUAAGAAAUAUUAGCAACGUCGCGCAUUGUUUACCUGUUUCCUUAACGCGUGUCAUCUUGGGUUGGAGCAAACCGCGAGAUUCUCAUUCCACCGCAAAAAAGCUGUACCCUCGAGCCCCCCUCGUGAAGUCGAAGUCGAUCUUUCAUCUCAACUGUUUCGACUAUUCCGACUUUUCGACUCUUCAUUGGCAAUCUCACGUCUUUUCGAAGGUGUUUUCUGUUUGGCACUGCUCUCUCUCGUCUCGUCUUCCACUUUCCUGAGCUCAGCCUUCCGUUUGGCUUCCUACUUCUACGACUUCUCCUCUCAACCUCCUCCAACAGCAGCCGCAUGAGAAAAAUACUGUCCUGUACAUUUCAAGCAGCAUUGUAGUGAUGCCUCCCAGAGUGAAGCCCGAGCCCGGUGUGGCCGUGGCGAACACCACUGCCACUCGCAGUUUUGCUGCUACCAACUCGGCACAGUUUGGCUCACCUACGCGGCAAGCACGGUCUACGGCUCCUAGUGUGACUGAUACCCGUUUCAUGGCGGAGGCGGAGGACCAGUACGAAGAUGAGGAUAACGAAAUCAUCUGGAUGGAAACCCGUGCCAAGUCGAUCACAAGCGCCGGCAUGAAGCAAGAGCCUGGCCACGAGCCGAUGGCCCUGAUGUCUCUGGCAUCUCAAAGCAUGGGCGGGUCAUUUGUCGGGAUGGGGCCCAAUCUUGCCCUCAAGGACUUCGGGCAAGGGUUCCUCAAGGACAUCAACGAUGCCCUGGGUGAGCUGCAGUCUCGUGGCAUUCAGCACGUUGCCAGUCUGCCGGAGUUGGUGCUCGUCGGUGACCAGUCGUCGGGCAAAUCGAGUUUGAUGUCCGGCAUCGCUGGGCUCAGUCUGCCUCGCAGCAGCGGCACCUGCACAAGGUGCCCGAUUCAUAUAAGGAUCUCGCGAGCUGAUGAGUGGUCUUGUCGGGUGUUUUUAAACCUAGAGUAUGGGUUCAAGCUGCCCGAUCAUGCCAUCACCGAGCAGGAUGUCACAGCAACAAACCCGUUCCCUCCCUGGGUCAAACUCGACCCCAGUCGAACACGACGCCACGAGUUCAAGACAGUCCGGGACAGAUUUGACAGCGAAGAGAUUGAAACAGUACUGCGCUGCGCCCAGGUCGCAAUCUUGAACCCAUCCACGCCCUACCAGGCCUUCAUCCCCAAGCCUCGGGGUGGAGAAGGGCCUGACUCCCAACAGCUGACUCAGCACGAGCUGAUUUCGCGCAAGGAGGAAGCCUCCGAGGCCCAGUUUUCGCCAAAUACCGUGGCGCUCGAGAUCAAAGGGCCUGAUCUAGCCGACCUCAACUUCUAUGAUCUUCCGGGUGUAUUCAACACUGCUCGGCGGACCGAGGAUGCUUACUUGGAGCGUGUCGUCCAGAACCUGACCAAGCUUUACAUUAAGCGGGAGAAAGCCAUCAUUCUCUGGGCCGUGUCCAUGAAUUUGGAUACGGAAAACUCGCUGGCGCUGCGCCUGAUCCGGGAGAGUCGUGCUGAACACCGUUGCGUUGGGGUGAUCACCAAGGCAGACCUGCUGCCGCGAGAUGACCAAGCUACUGAGCGCUGGCUGGGAAUUCUCAAGGGCCGUGGACAUCGCAUCGGCUUGGGUUAUUUCAUCACCUCUCGACAAGGUCAAGAUUUGGAAGAACAGACGAAGCGGGAAGAGGCCUUCUUCAAUCGAACAGCAGAAGGACAUUGGCCCGAUGUUUUUGAUCGCUACCAGGAGAGGUGCGGAAUAGAAAAGCUGAAGGCUUUCUUGUCUUUGAAGCUCGGCGAAGAGUUUUCCAAAGUUCUUCCGGAAGUGAAGCGCAAAGUUCUUGAGCGACUCAACUUCAUCGCUGAGCAGCUCCAACUGUACCCGGGGCCACCAGCGAACCCGGAUCUGGAAAUUUACAAGGCACUGACCAUGUUCAGCAGCCUGUUGAAGAAGCGAGUGAUUGACCAGGAAUUUAUGAGCACCUGGGACACAGCCUGUUCCGCCCGGUUUACAAGAGCCAUUCUUGAGCUGAAGCCCAAGUAUAACGUACGGUUGUUCGCCAAGUCAUCCGCCGCAAGUGCUCCGGUAUUAAUAGAUCUCGACACGCCCACGAGGGAGGGCAGCCCCACGCCAACACCCAGUGGCAGAAAGCGUGCUGCCCCAGCCGAGACCCCCAGUCGCCGCCAGCGCAUCAAGGCUGAAGAUGCCGAGGGACGGUCUUACCCCUCCACCCCUACGAACAUGCGCACAACCAUGACCCCGACCAAAGGCAGGCCGAGCAAGACACUCAUGGAUAUUCGGCGCAUGAUCCAGCGCAAUGCCAUACCUGGCCAGCCGGGCCUCGUUUCUUCCAAUGUCUAUGAACCGCUUUUUACAGAAGCGGCAAAGGCCUGGAAGGGUCCGCUCCAGACGUUCCUCAACCAGACCUUCAACUUCUUGAGCAAGGAAAUCCAGGAGAUCCUUGACUCGACUUUUGCGGCGUUGAAGAACCGGGCAAUUUACAAGUUGUCGACCGAGCACAUGCAGGCUUUUGUCGAGAUGCACAAGAAGGAGUUGCAGGCCCAGCUUGCGCUGAUUCACGAACUCGAGGGCACGCGUCUGUUCACCAGAAAUGACGAUGCCUUGCACCGGUACAAGGCUGAAGAGUUAAGGACCUUGACUAGGCACCGCAACCACUACCGCAUUGCCGCGCACAAGGGUGAUGAGCCAGCUAGCUCCCUCCCUAAGAUCGAGGAGCUCAGCGAGGAAGAACUCGCCCAGGAAACAGCCAAGAUGGAGAAGGACCUCCGCCAGAUGGGCCCCGAGCCCUUUCAGCAGGAGCUGGAUGUGGCCGCCUACACCAGAGGCUAUUACGUCCUUGCCGCUCAUCGGUUCACAGACAUUGUGUGCAUGCAUGCCAUGUCUGGGCUGUUUCCCCGUGUGGCCUCGGUCAUUGAGACCUACCUUCAGGAUAAGCUUGGCCUUACUGGCAACCGCACCACUCCUGAGAUGCUGGAUCAGCUCAUGGAGGAAGAGGGUCGCAUUGGCCAGAUUCGCCGAGAUCUCUGCGCGGAGAAGGAGACUCUCGACGGUGCUAUGGCCAUCAUUGUCAACCUCGAGAACCGCGACACGACUCCCUCGCAAGCCGAGAGCAACAUUACGAUUCCCAAUGACCUUACGUCUGGCCGGGCCGCAGGCUCGCCAUCCGGGACAGCGUAUGGAGAUGCAUAAAGACACAAUCACGCGGAUUGAAGAUCUGGAUAUAUUUUAUUGUCUGUGGGCGUUUUACCUAUUUGUCUGCUCUGUUUUUUUCUUUCGGACCGGAGAAUCACGAUACCCAUUUUAGUUAGAGUCAUGUAGGAUCACAAAUUGUCAGAAUACUGUCACGCACCUACUAUACCUCUCCCCCUUUGCUCAAUGUGUCUAACAACUAUUUCACUCUUCGUAUCGACUAAUCAACAGAGACUACAAGGUACAACCAGGGCCUUGAAAGAUGACGCACACACCUUCGGCUACUAGCCUUGGGAGCGUAGGUAUUGACUGUCAAGGAAAGCUCAUCCUCUUAGAACCCCCAAUAAUCCUUCACCAAGAAGCCCGCAUACCCGGCCAGGAAUCCCAUUACGCCCAGCGUUCCAAAGUAGCCCACCGGCCGACCAACACCCGUGCUCUCGGGUCUUCUCAAGCCCAUCUCAACAUGCAGCACCCGUGCGACGAACAGGGCCCCCAGAGCACUGGUCAGCACAUUCUUCUUGGCGCCGUUGAGCUCGGCCACUCCGGCGAGCAGCAAGGCAAGGGGCACGUAUUCAGCAAAGUUGCCCUGGGCGCGGGAGGCGACCUGGAGCUCGUGCUGCUUCGCGGCCGCGUUGGGCUCGGUCGAGGGGGGCGCGGAGCCGAGGAGGCAGUUGGAGGCGAUGCGGGACAUGGAGACGCGGGUGGAGAGGAGAGAGAAGUAGGCUGUGAAGGGGAGGAGGAAGGAGCCGGUUACCGCUGGAGGGAGGGGAAUAACAGCAGGUUAGCCGUGGAACAAGAGGUGGUUUGCUUGGUGGAAGGGGGCAGAAGAGCUUACGCAAAAGGGGGCCGACAACAUCGAUGUGGUUUAGACCCACGCGGGAGGUGUAAGACAUUAUGACGAUUUAUUUCUCAAGAAGAAUUAGGGAAAAGGGGGUCUGGCUCUUUGCAAAGGGGGGAGUUUUGGUAUCACGCUGCUUGUCCACAGCUGCUUCAAAUUCUUUGG